AUGGGAAGUACAUGUUCGAGGGGGCAACGUCAGCUGCAUGUACCUCGAGCUAUACAGUGCAUCAAAUUAUACACCGCAAUUGAUCGAGCUACUCAUGUGGAAAAUAAGCCGACAUUUCCCAAACUCUCCUCUCCCCACUCCUUGAUCAAGUAACGGUAUGAUGUAGUGGUGUUAGGUUCCAGUUAUGGAGGUUCCAUCGCUGCAAGCCGCUGCGCACGAGCAGGGCAGUUGGUAUGCGUACUGGAACGAGGCAAGGAGUGGUUACCUGGUGACUUCCCCGAGAGAUCGAGAGACUCGACGCAGCUUGCGCAGAUAAAUGUUGGGGGCAAGGGAAGAAGAAUUGGUAUGCCUUACGAUUUGUACGAGUUUAUUGUUACUGAUGACCUAACACUCAUUCAGGGGUGGGGUGUUGGUGGAAGAUCUCUCAGUAAUGCCAGUGUGGGACUGGAUGCAGAGUCUGGUGUGUUUCAGGAUCCAUUAUGGCCACAAGCACUCAGAGAUGACUUGGAGCAGCUGUUGAAAGUAGAUCGAAAACAUUUUGUUGAUAUGAUAAAACCUGCACAAUAUCCUGAUAACUACCCAACACUAGAUAAAAUUGACCCCAUGAAAGAAGGGCUCAGUGAUUUUGACAUCGAGGACUUGGAUAAGAUGUUUUACAAGACACCAAUCUAUGUAAAUUUUGAGGACACGGAGCGCAAUCACGUUGGCAUCCCCCAGCCUAAGUGCACAGCAUGUGGGAAUUGCAUGGCAGACUGCAACGUUGGUGCAAAGAACACACUGAAUUUGAAUUACCUGCCGGAUGCAAAGGCUCAUGGAGCAGAGUUAUUUGUUGAGGUAUUAACUCGGUAUCUCACAAAGUCUCAGAAUUCCACGGAUUGGAUUGUCAGUUAUCAAAGAAAUGUCUAUGAAAAAUCCGAUGUCCGUGAAGUGUCUGCAGCUAACGUUAAUCUUGGCGCAGGGGCGUUAGGGUCUACAAGAAUUCUUUAGCGCUCCAAGGAACGAGGCUUCAAUGUGUCUGAUGAGCUCGGAAAACGGUUUUCCACCAACGGGGAUGCAGUUGGAUUUAGUUAUAACGGCGAUGAAGAAGUAAACUCUCUCGGAAUACGAACUGAGGAAUUAGCGUCUUCCAAACCCCCAGGACAAGCGGUUACAUCGAUAAUGGACUUUAGAACGCUGCACAAGGGUAAUUUUGAAAAACAUGUGGUCGAGGAUGGAACUUUUCCGUCUAUAACCGCUAACAUUUUCGCAGUUGCUAUUAGCUUCGCUGCAAAAGUAAUUGGGAUGAAUAAGUACCCCACGAAUGAAAUGCUUGAGAAAACAUUUCAGUUAAUCCAGGGCAAAGGAAUUGACCAUACUCUUACUCCUCUCUGCAUGAGUCAUGACAGUGCAUCUGGAGUCAUUUCUUUUGACAACAAAAUCGACGACAUUGAUAUAAUAUGGGACAGACCUGGAUAUGAGAGAAACUUCGAGAUCAUUGACCAAGUGCUGGAACGCGUUGUGCAUGGUCUGGGUGGAACGUAUGUUAGGAAUCCAAUCUGGUCGGAAACAUUCGGGCGGGGUGUGGUCUCUGUUCAUCCUCUUGGUGGUUGUCCUAUGGAGGAAUCUGGUGGAACAGCUGUUGUGAAUCAUGCUGGGUAAGUGUUUGAAGGUAACACAGAUAAGCUGGUUGAUGGACUUUAUGUCGUCGAUAGUUCAAUUAUUCCACGAUCCGUUAGAGUAAAUCCUUCUCUUACCAUUUCAUGUGUCGCCGAGCUUUGUCUGCGACUUUUGGCAAGAAAGAAGGGGUGGAGUAUCGACUACGACACAUUUAAGCUACUAGGUUAG